AUGAGUCAGGGAAUUGUUCUGAACUACGAAUAUAUUGGCUCACAUAUCAAAGAUUAUAUUGAAGCGGAUAAUCUCUUUAGCACAUUCGAAGUAGAAGAUAUCGAAUCAAUCAUGAAAUUCGCGAAUUUAACACCUGAUGACUUCAAUUCUCUUCUUGCGCAAUCUCAUUCUGUCAUUUCAGAACGCAAAUUGUAUGCCUGCACUCGAAAUGCAAAUAUUUCAAUAAACAACAUACAAGAUGCCAUUUCAACACUUAAAUCAGUUCGAAAGUACAUGAAUAUGCGAAUCUUCGAAGGAAUUAUUGGCAUUUUAGAACAAUUACAAAAGGAUCAAUCCAUUACAACAAAUAAAAUCGAAAAACUUCAAGCAGAUUUAAAUCAGAUCCAAAAAGAAAAAGAAAACGUUGAGAAAGAGAUGCAAACUCUUCACUCUCAACUAAAAGAGAAAGAAGGAAACGAUUUACCAAAAGAAUUUUUUUCGAAAAUUUCCGAACUUAAAAAUUCUGAAGAUUUCAAACAAAUCUACAAAUUCUUUGAAGAAAUUUCAGAAAAAGGAAAUCAAAAAAUGAUGCAAAAAGCAUGUGACGAAGAACUUUGGAAAAAACAAUAUCCUGACUACUAUGGUACAAAUGUACUUCAUUUUGCAUCUUCACAAGGAAAUCUGAGACUUGUUAAAUCUCUCAUUGAAUGUGGCUGUGACAAAGAAAUCAAGAGCGAAUAUGGUGGUACAGCUCUAUUUUGGGCAUCAAGAUAUGGUAAACUUGAAGUUGUUCAAUAUCUUAUCUCAGUUGGAGCUAAUAAAGAAGCAAAGGAUAAUAAUGGAUAUACUCCACUCAUGCAGGCAUCACUAUGGGGUCAUCUUGCACUUGUUAAAUAUCUUAUCUCAGUUGGAGCUAAUAAAGAAGCAAAGGAUAAUGGUGGAUCUACUCCACUCAUUUGGGCAUCAUAUAGUGGUUAUCUUGAAGUUGUUAAAUAUCUUAUCUCAGUUGGAGCUAAUAAAGAAGCAAAGAAUAAUUAUGGAUAUACUCCACUCAUGCAGGCAUCACUAUGGGGUCAUCUUGCACUUGUUAAAUAUCUUAUCUCAGUUGGAGCUAAUAAAGAAGCAAAGGAUAAUGGUGGAUCUACUCCACUCGAUUAUGCAUCAAGUAAUGGUCAACUUGAAGUUGUUCAAUAUCUUAUCUCAGUAGGAGCUAAUAAAGAAGCAAAGGAUAAUGAAGGAAAAACAGCACUUGAUAAAUCUGAAGGAGCAGUAAGAGAAUAUUUAUUAUCAAUUGCAAGAAAAUAA